CAAUAUCUUUGGCUAAAUUUCAACAAAACAAAACAAUAACCGCUAGAAGUAUGGCUACUCCACGUUCAAGAGGAGGUCGUGGCAAACGUCCAACCAACACACCUGUUCGUUCAUCACCUCGAAUCGUGCGAAGAUCUUCGUCUUAUCCAAACGCUGUAAACCGUCACUUUGUCAAUGGCAUUCCCAUCUUGGAAAUUACACUUAGAUUCGACGAAGAUGAAUAUGAUGUUUGGCGAAGACAAGACACUGAUGAAGUAAAUCUUCACUACUUGUUACGUAUCAAGUAUCCUAGAGACGAAGACGAGCAAGCCUGGCAAGCAGAACUAGAAAGGCUUAAGAGAGAAGUGAACGAUAUCAAAGUUAUUGAAGAAGGCUGGUUUGAAGGCGUUUGGGUUCCACUUGAAAAAGCCAAAGAUAUUGCUCACAGAUAUCAUAUAUAUGAACAUGUUGCUGCUCUGCUCGAAUCAGAAAAUAGUUGGUUUGAUACACCGAAAAAACAGAGUGCAAAAGCCAAGAGCGAGCGCGCAAUGAAUCAGAUGAAUUCAAUUGCAGCAUUAAAUUCUGUAAGUUCUCAAUCAGAAGUGCCAGUAGAAACCACAAACGGUACUUCUCCUACUACUGCUCGUUCUAUUGCAACCAACAAUUAUGGUAUUGCAAAUGGAACUGUCAGAUCGGAUAACGAAAGCAAAUCUAGAAGGCGAACAUCGGAACGAAUCAAAGCCAAAUCUCAGCCUGGCCAAGAAUCACCUUCUACAUCAACAACAUCAACAAAACGAAUCAGAGAAAUUGAAAAUGAACGCGAUUUCAAAGAUUUCAAAGAAGAAGUUCAAAUUCUUAAGCGUAAAUUGGAUGAAACAGAGGAAUUUUUAAACUAUAAUGGAAAUGGAAAUAGUAAUAAGAGACGUGCUGUCUGGGCAGGAAUUGGAGCAGCCGUAGGUGCAGGAAUUACUGCAGUGGCCCUUAAUAGUAUGGGUAUAGGAGUUCCUGAAAUAAUUUGGGAAAAGUGUUGA